GGAGACAAGAGAGGAAAAACAAAGAAUAGAGGUUGAGAAGAAGAGAGAGUGACAUGACAUGACAUGACACACACAAAAAGCCUUUCAGUUUCACUGCAGCAAACACCACACCACAUCACAUAGAUAGAUAAUAAACCACCCCAAACUUCUCACUCUCUUCUUCUUGUUCUUCAAAAAAAACAUGAGCAAAUUAGAACAAGACGAAGAUCUCUUCCUCCCAGAUCUGACGGUUCCUGUUGCGCCGGACCCACCACAUCACAUCCUCCCCACCACAUCAGAUACCACCUCCUUCUCCCUCCCGGAAAUCGUCCUCUUCCCUUCUUCCUCCUCCGAUUCACCACCGAGUCACUCCUCCGCCGCCGACUCACCACCAACCACCGCCGCCGCGGCGAAACCCUUCUUCAUCAGCCCUGACCCCCACAUCUCCACCCAAUUCUACACCUUCAACCCUGACUCUCACGCGCUCAUGAUCACCUGCCUCCUCGAGCGCCGCCUCGCCACCCCCUCCGAGAUCCGCGCCGCCACGCCGCGCCCGGUUCUCAAAUCAUGGCGCAACGUCUGGAAGGAUCGCAACGAGGAAACCGCUUACCUCACCGCGUGGAAGCGCAUCCAGGACAAGCUCGAAGCACGCGUUGAUCAGAACGGUAACCACUUCCUCUGCUUCAAGAACAACACCAAUCAAUUCGUCUCACAUGUUAACCAGUGGCAGGACAUCGUCAUGAGCUUCCACAGCGACACCGAUUUGAAGCAUCUCGGUCUUAGGGAGACUGUGGAGAGGAUUAAGCAGGUUUGGACUGUUGGUGCUAAAUUCUAUGGGAUCCCUGAGAGUUACAUUAGGGUUUGUGUCGCCGCGUGUCCGGUAUGCAACGCCGCGGCUUCCGGGUCGAAUUCGGCUGCUGCCGCGGCUGCGCAGAAUAAGCGGCGUAGGUUUGAGUAUACUGAGUCGUUUGAUGUGCCUGCUAAGGAGGUUCCUUGUAGGUUGCAGCAGUUGGCGGCGAAGCAUAAGGUUGUGCUCUGCAUUAGGCAGAAGUAUAUUCGGUAUAAGCCGUUUAUGGCUGAGGUUAAGGAUUAUGCUUGCCAUAGGGCGGGGCAGCCUGCUGCUAAGAAAUCAAAGGUUUUGAAGAGGGAGCCUUAUGCUUCGAAGAGAUGCGGGUGCGGGUUUCGGAUUAGGGCUAUUGUGCCGAUUGCGAAUUAUAAUGAGAAGGAUAAGAGUUUUGUGUAUCAGGAGGAGGGGAUGGCGGUUUUCAAGCUGUAUGCUGUGCAUUCGGGGCAUGAGCCGGGGCCGUUGGAUGGGAAUGCUAGGAUUAUGCACCGGGUUGUGGGGCACAAGGGAAGCUAUAUGACGGAUCAGGAAAAUGUGGUGUAUGGGGUGAGUGAGGAGAUGGAUAAUGAAGGGUUUGGGUUGAUGGGGAAGGAUGAAGGGGAUUUGCAGUUCUCGAUUUUGCAGCAAGUGCAGGAAUUGAAAGCUGAAGUUGGGAUGUUGGAAGGGAAGCUUUCCAAGAUUCCGCAGGAGUUCAUGGGUUCGGUAUCAAGGGAAUUGUUUGACAUUGUGAAUAAAAUUAGAAAUAUAGGGGAAGUUGGUUCGAAACCGAUUGAGUUGCUUACGGAUAAGUCAGAUGAUGUCUUGGUUGGGGAUAAUGAUCUGGCAAACUGGAGCAAUCAUCAUGACAGGAUUUAUGGGGAUGGCAAGGACACAGAGCUGAUUGAGGACGAUGAAGAUAGUUUCGGCCGCACUUUAGGUGAAGUGGUUUCUUGGGGAGACCAUAUGACAUCAGAGUGCAGAGAUCAGAAGGAGCUGAUGAGUGAAACUUGCAAGCCUGAAAAGUGGUUGAAAUGCAGUGAGUUUGAUGAGAAAAGCAUCCUUGAUUGUGGUGAGGAUACUAAACUAACCAAGCCCAUCAGGCAUGACGAGGCUAUAGUAUCAGAUGAAGGUCUUGGCUGUAUACAGGUUGAUAGUUUCUACCAAGACAAUCCUAAAUGGUAUGAUUCUCCUUGUGCUUUGGAUACUGGUGUUGCAGAUUGUGAGAAUAGUGGAUUCCGUCAUGGAGAGAUUUUAUAAUCCCAUGAACAUCAAAGUUAAUCCACUCUAACUUAGAGAUCAGAUUCUGCUGUGCGUAUUUACCCCUUUCAACAAAAAGAAGUGGGAUUGUACAUUUAUGUAUACUGAAGAUUGGAGCCGCUCACUUGCGUUAUAGGUGUAUUUAUUGAGUGUGGUUCUGUAAAGUAUUGACCAGUUAUGCUUCUUGCACAUAACUUUGUUAUGAGUAUGACUAUAUUUGUUAAACUUGUUCUUGGCCUUAAGAUUUUUUUUCUAGGUCCUUCUUAUAAUGCACAUUAGUGUUUUUGGUGAUCUAUUUUUGAGCUAAGACAUUUGUGUAUGUAUUAUGAGGAGCCAGUGGUGAUUUAUUGUAAUAUUGAAUUGUGGUGUCUCUGAA